AUGAGCUAUAUCCAUCCUUCGUGGAAUUAUGCCGGCCAUGCGGGCAUCCCGAUGGACCAGCCCAUCGCGUACGAUCCCAACAUGGUGCCUCCCGCCAUGAUGCACCCCAUCGACGGGUACAUAUAUCCGCACCCGCCGAUGGACAUGAUGGACUACUACCACCAGCCGAUCAUGGACUACGAGGAAUACGCUGAAAACCUGUCCCGGCCUCGCUUGACCAAAGAGCAGGUCGAGACGCUGGAGGCCCAGUUCCAAGCCCACCCCAAGCCGAGCAGCAACGUCAAGCGCCAAUUGGCGGCUCAGACGAAUUUGAGCCUGCCUCGCGUUGCAAACUGGUUCCAGAAUCGACGUGCAAAGGCCAAGCAGCAGAAACGCCAGGAGGAGUUUGAGAAGAUGCAGAAAGCCAAGGCCGAAGCGGAAGAGGCUGCUCGCCAAAAAUCCGAGACCUUGGACCAGCUAUCCGAGUCCCGGCAGUCGGGCACCAAGGCCAAGGAAGAGCCUGAGAAAGCCUCCCCUGUCAAGAAGGCACCGGAGGCGUCCACCUCCGACGGUCCUUCAAAGAGCCCGACCAAGUCUCUAAAAUCCGCCUCCAAGCACCACAAGACAAAGAGUGAAACGGCCCGCGAGGCAACUUUUGCUUCUCUGCAGAGAGCUCUCAAUGCCGCCGUUGCAGCCCGCGAUCGAUUCAGAGGCAAGGACUCCCGCGCCAAGAAGGGAUCGACGGAAGACGAGGACGGCGACAUAUCUCCUACCACCAUGGCGCCGCCCAAGGCUCCCAACAGCAGCCACCGUCAUGAUCACAGUGGACACGCCGCUCUCAGUGCUGCCUUCCCGGAUUGGGACGCGAAGGAGGGGCCUACGUCGUGGGGUGCGACUAGCAGCCCCGACGAAACCAUCGGCUAUAGCACCUCGGAGGCGACUUCGUUCACGACAACCAGUCAGCCGUUGCAUGACAUAUCCGGCUCGCAUCAGAACCAGGACGCGUUUGCGGGUACUCACUAUCAUCAGGCUGGGGAAUGGGACGGCACGAACGCAGGAUCCGAAAUCGGGAUUGCCUACAGCACUUACUCGAUGCCUAUGCAGGCUCCUGAUAUCUCGGUCCACAGGCGUGAGUCCGAUGCGAUGUCAAACUCUUUGGAGGGCAUUGGAAUCUGUACUCCUGGUCAAUCUGCCUUGUCGCAAUCUCUGCCCCGGGCUGGAGAAGCGUCGUGGAGAGAACCCGCCAAGGAACUUGACCUCGCUGCCCGGCGAAAGCGCCCACGGCCUGCUGCUAUUGGAACUUCCGGGGCCCGCACACUGGCUCCCUCGACCUCCAUGUCGUCGCUCUCGCCAACGAAUCGCAAGCCGAGCUCUGGCGCCGGUCACUCGGUACGGCAGUCCAAGUCGACCCAGAGCCUCAAUUCUCGGUACGCCGGCGUGAGGAAGGUGUCCGCUGCUCAGCGUUCGCCUCUCAACUUUUCGACUUUCUCCGAGUCCGGGACCAUGAAGUCCACCAAAGCUGAAAUGCUGCGGCCGUCGGUCUCGUCUACUACCUUGGCUCCUCCAACCCCCUUGACACCGCAGGAUCUGCAGCACUUCAUGCCAAACUCACCCACGGACAGCAAUUACUGCUUGUCGGCACAUUCAGCCACGCAAUUCUUCCCUUCCUCGCAGUCCAUGCAAGUGAACAUCGCCUCGCCUCCCGCUACACCGAUGGAUUUGUACUCGCACUUCCAGUACCAAAACAUUGCGCCUCCGAUGUCUGCUCCCGCCCAUGUGACUAACUUCCCCGAGUACGCCGCCACCUGUGACCCGGUCCCCAUGUCCGCACGAAGCUGGACAGAUGCCCCUUCGCUCGCCUCUCCCGAUUUCCCCGCUGGUCUUCAAGUACCACAGUCGAGCCAUGUUUCGCCUAUGGGGUAUGACUCGGCGAUUGAGCACACGGGCCACGCUUUUGGGGUCGAGCCGGUGUCAGGCUCACCGUCUUUGAUCUACUCGAUUGAGGACGCUGAUAUGCCGGGCUCUACGGACCGGAAACGGACUGAGUUCAUGAUGCAUCAAGAAUUUCCGGAGCAUCGGGAUGCCCAUCACUACAUCGCCCACCAGCUGCCGGGGGCUCAGAAAACGAAAGCCUAUACGUUUGCGAACAACGCGCCCCCCCACAGCUACCCUGCCUGA